GGGAGUGUCCGUGCGGCGGGCGGGACGCGGGCCGGGGCAUGGAGCGGUGGGUCGGGGCCGCUGGGGGCUGGGGCUCCCUCUGGGGAGCCGGCUGGGGCCGCUGGCCGGGCUGGGAGCUCUUGGCCGCCUGCGCGGUCAUCGGCGCCGUGGGCUGGCUGCUGCGGCUGCUGGAGAGGAGGCCGGGCGGCCGCGGGGCGCCGGCGGCGGCCGCCAUCUCCUCCCCGGCGCCGCUCUCCUCCCCGGCGCCGCUCUGCGCUGGGAGCCGGCGCUGCAGCGGGAGCCGCCCAGGUGAAAUAACAAUGGAUGCAAUAUUAUCCCGAUUGAAGCAGCUCAGCCCUGAUGAGCUUAGAGAAGAAAUUGUAAGAGCAGGACUGAAAUGUGGGCCCAUUACCUCAACUACUAGAUUUAUUUUUGAAAAAAAAUUGGCUCAGGCAUUGUUGGAACAGCAAGGAGCAUCAGGAGAAAAAGGAUCUGCGCUGUCAGAGGAGGCUGGUGGAAAUGUCCCAUCUGAGAGCAACCGGGCAGAAGCGCAAAAGGCUUUGAAAACCACAGCGGUGAAUCACAACGGUCAUGGAAGUGUGUCUGAAGAGGUAGACUUUGGGUACUGCGUAGGUCUGAACCCUCCAGAAGAAGAUGCUGUGAUGCACCUGAACUGCUCAGCUCCAGUCUGUGGAGCAGGAUGUGUUGAUUCACAAAUUGGUACUCAGGCACCGUCCAGAGAUCCUCCACUGUUCUAUGGUGUUUGUCCAGUUUAUGAUGACAUAUUGGCAAGGAAUGAGAGAAUACAUGUUUAUGAAGAUAAAAAGGAAGCUCUCCAAGCUGUUAAGAUGAUUAAGGGUUCCCGUUUUAAAGCUUUUUCAAACAGAGAGGAUGCUGAGAAAUUUGCUAAAGGAAUCUGUGAUUAUUUCCCAUCUCCAAGCAAGUCCUCUUUAUGUUUGUCUCCAGUGAAAAUGGGAUCGUUUAACAGAGAUGGCUUAUGCUCCCCUGAGACCGAAUCUGCCAAUAAGGAGAGAGCCAACAGUUAUAAAAGUCCACGUACUCAAGAUCUUACUGCUAAACUGCGGAAAGCUGUCGAGAAAGGAGAUAUAGCAACAUUUUCAGAACUUAUUUGGAGUAACCCUCGCUAUCUGAUUGGGUCGGGAGACAAUCCAACAGUGGUACAGGAAGGGUGUAGGUACAAUGUCAUGCAUGUUGCUGCCAAGGAGAAUCAGCCCGCUAUCUGCCAAUUACUGCUGGACACUUUGGAAAAUCCUGAAUUUAUGCGGCUCAUGUAUCCGGAUGAUAAUGAUAUGAUGUUGAAGAAUCGCAUCCAAUAUAUUGUUGACCUUUACCUUAAUACACCAGAUAAAAUGGGAUUUGAUACUCCGUUGCAUUUUGCCUGCAAAUUUGGGAAUUUGGAUGUUGUUAACGUGCUUACCUCACACCCAGCUAUCGUAAAAAAUCCAAGAAACAAAUACGAUCAAACUCCAGCAGAAGUAGUUUGUGAAAGAAGCAAGAAUAAGUCUGCAGAAUUGAAAGAAAAACUAAGAGAGUACUUGAAAGGUCGAUACUAUGUACCACUCUUGAGAGCGGAAGACAAUUCGUCAGCUCCUAUAAUUGGUGCACCGUGGUCACCCGAUCAGACAGACAAUGGCCCCCAAAGAACUUCCUCUAAAUACACUGGCAGCCCCAAAGAUCCAGUGUUGUCGAUAAGAGCUUUCGCAGGCCCCAUGAGCCCCUCGAAGGCUGAAGAAUUUCGCAGGCUUUGGAAGACUCCACCUCGAGAGAGAGCUGGCUUCUUCCACAAUGUCAGGAAAUCUGAUCUGGAGAGAGGUCUCGAAAGAGUUGGAAGGGAGUUAGCUCAUGAACUGGGGUUCCCGUGGGUUGAAUACUGGGAAUUUCUGGGCUGUUUUGUUGAUCUGUCUUCCCAGGAGGGGUUGCGAAAAUUAGAAGAGUACCUGAGUCAUCGGGAAAUGAGCGAAAAGGCUCAGCAAGAAACAGGGGAAAAUGAAACCUGCAAUAGAUAUAAAACUCCACAUCCUUCUGGCAAGAGUAAAAAGAGCUGCAAUUCUAUUUCUGUUGGAGCAUUUUUGGAUGAGGAUGAUGAUGACAUGAGCUUAGAAGAAAUUAAAAACAGACAAAAUGCAGCACGGAAUAUCAGCCAACCUCUUGCGUCCAAAGAACCUAGCAUUGAUGCUCUUGGAGAGGCCGAGUGUGAUAUCUUGUCAAUGGAGCGCACAGGAAACAUUAUAGAAACCGCAGAUCACCCCAGGCACUAUGAAAAGGCAGCUUCUUCCAGCAAAAAUGGAUUUUGUAAUUCUGUGUCCAGUGAAAGGAUAAUUAGUGACAGAAGGCAUUUGCAUGGUGGAGAAGAAUGCCUUGUAUCGCCCGUUUCCAAUUUAAUGGCAGAAUUUGAAAGCCUGUCAUUCCAAGGACAAGAGGUUGCAGGAAAAUCAAAUAAAAUCACUGAAAAAACUGGGAAUGAGAGAAUUCUGGCUGAAGGAACAAGUCAUGUGAGAAUAUCCAAGGACCACCUGGAUAAGACCUGCUAUGCAGUUUCACUGGCGAGUUCUUCUGAGCCUGGAGAGACCAAGUUAAGGACAGAACACAAAAUGCUAUCGGAAAAGGAGAGACGGUCCAUGGAAUCUGGAAUUCAGACUAAUGAGGCCCAACAGCGUCAACAACUUUCUUCCCACAAAUUUCUUUUGAAGGCUUCACCUACAAAUGACGAGUCUAAGAAGUUAUUCCUGCUUGGGGAGCAGCCCUCGAAGCUGGAUAGCGAUGUCUUAGCGGCUAUAGAAGCGGUAGAGAUUGAUCCACAGAAAUACCCGAUUACUUACAAAUGGAAACACGCGGUGCAGUCAUACACUUCAUCUGACAGGCAAAGUUGGCCAAGUCCAGCACUGAAGGCAAGAGUCAAGUCCCAAACCAUCGCUGCUGGCCUUCCAAAUGCUUCAGGCUAUUCCGAUUCAGGAAGAAAUAGCCCCAUAACAGGAAGUCCAGGAAAAUACGGCAAUGCCGCCUCGUUCUCCCCAGAGCCGGGGAGUCCUGGGCGCUACAGUCCAGCUGGUGUCAACCAUGCCCUGCGAAAACUGCGUUAUUUUUCAGAGCCUCCUGCCCACUAGAAUAUGAUUAAUCUUCCUGGGACAUCAAUUAUAUUUUCAUUGUUAGAGUGGAGGAAAAAAAACUACAAUGUUACUAAAGUGACAUGAGGGUUUGUACUUGGCUAUUUAUUUUUCCUCAAUUGAGGACAACUGUAUGUUAAAAAAAAAAUGAAUAUAUGUCUUUAUGCCAUAUACAAGAUAGAUUACUGGUGACAUGCAAGAAGUUAGUGACAGUGCAGUUGUCCAGUAGCUAUGAAUUAACUCCUGUUGCCAGUAAAGCGGUGAGCUCAACCUUUACUUAGACGUGGUGGUAUUUUCCUAUCACCAGGUGUCAUUAUUGUAAUGAACCUGUUAGCCCUCAGCUGCAUUUCUUUUGCUUGGGUAGGCUGGAGGAAGCACAGCAUCAGUGAACAGAAAUCCUAGGAGGGGAAAUUGAUGGCAAGAAGUAAAAUGUUCUUCUGCUUGCAGGGGGACUGCUCAAAGUGAAAGGCCUGAGACAAAGCCUGGGGAGUGACAGCUUUCCCUGCCGAGGAUGAACGUGAGCCCUGUGUGUAAACGUGUGUGUUUGUAGGCGGCAUUUGCUCUAGAGGGUGGAACGCACACGCACUUAGAUCUCUGUGUGGAUGUAUGCACCUAUUUACACAGAAAACCUCGAGUUGUUGCUUGUUCUGAGGCUGUUAAAAGCACCAUGAUAUACUGUGUUUUAGUAAAAGGGGCACUAUAGAAACUACUGGUAUUCCUUUACAUGUUACAAGAAAUACUAUAAAAAUUAGCUGGUUUUUUCCCACAGAAGCUUUUAACAUUAGCAGAUUUUAAUAGUUAUUACACAAAAGCACAUCAGCAAUAAUUUCAGCAGAUUUACCAGCAAGAUACCUUAAUGGUCUAGUUUGUGAUAUAUUAGAGUGACCCAGUGACCCAUGAUGUGGCUCCUUAUUUCCCAACUGUAAAGUGAGAGGAAUAAGGACUAAAAAUAUUUUUAUUGAAAUCUAAGUUUUUACUAAGUCUCUAGUCUUGAUGUGGUAAUAAGGUUUUGUUACAGCAGUCAAUAAUUUUAUUCUUUAGCCUUCUGUAAGAAUGACUUGUUUCGACAAUACGACACUGAGAUUGAAAUUUUCUGCAUGAAGCUUAAUGGUUGUCAAGUUGCUUGACGGAAGGCUUCCAGAAACAGAGUUCUCCGGUGUUGAUAGCUCUUGAGUUAAAAAAAAGAAAAACCUAUCUAUCCUUACACCAUAAUUCUGAUCAGAAAAUGAAAAUCUGCCAAGGCUGUGCUGGUAAAAAAAAAAAAAGAGAUGGGUUUGGAGUCACUGGUGCCACACAGUCGGUGAGACAGCACGGGACCGCCUUGCACGGCUGCGAGCCAGGCUCUGGUUGGAGCUGGGCUGGUGCAGGGCAAGCCGUGGUGGCCCAGAGGCCGGGGCUCAGCGCUGCAGUGGCUGUGGGGAGACCCUGGAGCGUGGUAGGGUUGACGGCUGUUUGACACUGCAGAGCCACAGACUGGACACCCUUCACUAGGUUCACAAUUUGGUACAAACCUAAAAAAACCUGCACUUAAUGCUUUUGCAAGCUUAAUAGUGCCUUUUGUAACUUAUUUUUUUUUUUAAUUAAAUUCUUGUUCUUUUAGAAGUUUAAAAAAAAAAAAAAAAGAAGUGGCAUCCACUUACUAUGGGCACAGAAAAUACAGUUGUUUUCUUCUGGGCUUUCUGAACACAACAUAUUUUAACCUCUAAGUUUGAUUAUUUGGUGCGGUAGCUCUCCGCUGUGGGAGAGUGUUGCUAUUUUAGAAAGUAUUCUUAAAAAAAAGUCUUAUUUAGCUCUUUCUUUAUAUUUAAGCCUAUUUCCAAUGCGCUGGCCAUGAGCAACAGCUACUUUACACAAAUGCCUGUCAUUCAGUGAUAGUGCAGACAAACAGCUGGGGGGCUGCGGUGUCAUUUUUUAAGAGACAUUCAAAAAAACCAAACAUAACCUGCUCUGGUACCAGGCAGAGUAACUGACUUUUCCAUAAGGUUUUAUUGGGAUGGGUUUUUCUGAUGCAGCAGUCGCCUUGGUCUCUAACAAUUGUUUUAGGUCCCAAAUUCCUACAGUUUUAAUUUGAAGGGUUUGGGGUUUGUUUUGUUACAUGGUUGUUUUUUUUUAAGGUUAGUUUUGGGAUUUUUUUAAUAAUUUAAUGUAAAUGCUGUCUUUGUCAUUCUGGAGAAAUUAUUCAGAAUGAGUAAUUGCCCAGUACCCUGUGGGCAGCUGCUGUGUGCGCAGCGGCUGUUCUGCAGCCUGGCCCCUCCGGAGCCGUCCCACAGACCGGCAUCCUUUUGGUAAGAGGCUGCUCUAGAGCCAGAGACCGAAACUAACGCUCGACUAAUGUUCCUUUUUGUACUUUUUACCUUUGUUAUGCUUUGCUUUCUUUUUUUUUAAUAUUUAAAUGUAUAUUACCGGUAUGUACAUGUAGACACUGACACCCACCCCCACACCCCCUCUUUCACUUUCUAAUUUUAUUUUGGUGCAGUUGAGAAAAUAUUUUUUAACUGUUAUAUAAUGUGCAUUAGUCCCAUUGUACCACAUCUUAAGAGGUCAUUUUUCUAACAAUGUAUUUACUUGGCUAUUAAAAGAAAAAUAGCAAUUUAUGUAGCGAAUUGAUCAUUCAUAUUGUGAGGAGAGCUCCUCCACACUGAGCCUGUGGAAACACUUUAAAAGAGAUUGCUAUUGCUUGAAUUACGUUUUCUUGGCCAAAAGUUCACUUUUAAAGGUGCAAAAGACUAGUUGUGGGUUUUUGGUUUUUUUUUUUUUAAUUAGCCAACUGUCAUGUUAAAAAUAGAGAGUUACCCCACUUUCUAUUAAAAAAUAAAUGAGUAGCUACAAGUGUGACACUGUGUUUAGUUUGUGGAGCACGGUGAGAAGCAGCUGGGCUGAUAACCAUGACAUGGCAAAGCACUAACUGGUUCAGGCCUUGCUAACACAACUACGGGCAUCUUUUGUGUGUGCUUGCACAACGGCAUUGGGUUGUGCCACUGAAGACUUGAAGAGGAGUCGCCAACUGCUUAAGACAGGAAGUCUGAAUACUGUAAAAAAUUACAUACGUACUUAAUUUCAAAUUUCAUACUCCCCACAUACGUACACAAUUUAAAUGCCACCGAAAAUGCUGUUAAUAUUUGUAAAUGCGCAAAGCAGUGGUGUGUGUCCUCUGGCUGCCCACCAAGAGCCUAUUUAUUGGCAUAGUGCAGGGCUGGAAGGGCACAUAUGUGAGAGGGUAUGUGCACAUACCCCCCCCCCA